AUUAUUUUAAUCAUUUUAUGAAUUGGUGAAGAAAUUGAUUAAAUUAUAAUUUUGUAAAUUUGUUUAUUUUUUUAAUUUUUAAGAAUAUAUUUAAGGAUGAGAAUUACAUUUAUACGUUACGCCAAGAAGGCUACUUCACAACCUCUCAAUAAACCCAUCAACAAUCCUAUGACCAAUCCUAUGACCAAUCCUAUGACCAAUACUAUGAACAAUCCUAUGACCAAUCCUAUGACCAAUUCUAUGACCAAUCCUAUGAAUAAUUCUAUGAGUAAUACUAUGAACAAUUCUAUGACCAAUCCCAUGACUGGGUUAGCUCCUGAGCCUGUUUCUAGAUAUGAGAAAUAUUCGCCAUUGGCGACUCCGUUUCAUGUUGAAGGUAUUUGGAGAGCUCCAAGAGCUCAGGGAUUUACGAAGGAGCAGUUUGACAGGGCGUAUCCGGAGUCUUACAAGAAAAUGAAAAUCGGACUACCAAAGCCUGGAACAUUUGCCGCAGACUACAUUGACCCGAAAUUUGAUGAAAUUUCACCACUCGUGUGGACUUGUAUUCUCAUGGGACCGUUCAUACUCUGGGCACUCUACGAAUUCAAAGAGGAACACUUUCCGUCCAAAGAUAAACAUCACUAAUCUCUUACACAUACUCAUUAAAUAUUUAUAUAACGUACAUAAAUUGCGUAAAAUGAUGAAAUUAAUCAAAUAAUUGUAAAAUGAUGAAAUUAAUCAAAUAAUUGUACAACGGUGAAAUUAAUCAAAUAAUU